AUGACUAAGCCGGAGUUCCAGAUGCAGCCUCACGCUGAGACUAUAGCAGCGCAGCGGGGGCGUUGGACCGCCGGGACCGCCAGGCCUUGGCCGAAACAGACGCAACUUCAAAGGCCGUGCAACAUCACAAGAGCCUCCCUACACAUCGCAUCUCACCCCAGCACGGGUUACAUACGUCAUCCCUACAUGUGCAUGGAUGAUAACCAGGUUGUUUCGAAACAGCUUCUGGAGCAAAAAGAAGAGCAAGAUGCCUCUCAGGGAGGCGUCAACAAGGCCAGUAAAGGAGGUAUAAUCUAUGGAGACUACCUCAAGCUGGAUAAAAUUGUGACAGCCCAGGUGCUACAAAGCGAGCUGAAGGGCAACAAGAUCCACGAUGAGCACCUCUUCAUUGUCACACAUCAAGCUUUUGAGCUGUGGUUUAAACAGAUUCUGUUCGAGCUGGAUUCAGUGCGGCAAAUCUUCAUUAAUGGACACGUGCGAGAUGAACGCAACAUGCUCAAAGUCAAUACCCGCAUCCACCGGAUCGUGAUGAUUUUCAAACUGCUGGUCGAGCAGUUUGCUGUUCUGGAGACAAUGACAGCCUUGGAUUUUUUUGACUUCAGGGAAUAUCUGUCUCCAGCUUCUGGCUUCCAAAGCCUUCAGUUUCGGCUCUUGGAGAACAAAAUUGGGGUCCCUGACACCUUGAGGGUGCCGUACAAUAGACAGCACUACCGCGACAUCUUCAAAGGUCAGGAAGCCGAGUUGCUGCUCGCCACGGAGAAAGAGCCCACACUCUUGAAACUGGUUGAGGAGUGGCUGGAGAGAACGCCUGGCCUGGAAACAGAUGGCUUCAACUUCUGGGAAAGCCUGGAGACGAACAUAUUUAAUGGCCUUGAUAAGGAAAAGCAAAAUAUUGAGCAAAUGCCUGACUGUGAGGACAAAGAGGAGAUGAUGGCUGAGUUGCUGAAGCAGAAAGAAGUGUUCACUUCUUUGUUUGAUGUUAAACGUCACGAGCAUCUGCUCAGUAAAGGUGAGAGGCGGCUGUCUCACAAAGCUCUUCAAGGCGCUCUCAUGAUCUACUUCUACAGAGAGGAGCCUAGGUUCCAGGUUCCUUUCCAGCUGCUCAACUCCCUCAUGGAUAUUGACAUGCUCAUGACAAAAUGGAGAUACAAUCACGUAUGCAUGGUGCACCGGAUGAUUGGCAGCAAGGCGGGCACAGGGGGCUCGUCUGGGUACCACUACCUGAGAUCCACCGUAAGUGACCGCUACAAGGUUUUCGUGGACUUGUUCAACCUGGCCACAUUUCUGGUACCUCGCCACUGGGUGCCCAAAUUGAACCCAAAUGUCCACACAUUCGUUUACACUGCCGAGUGCUGCGACAGCUCCUACUGCAGCAGCGAGGAUUCGGACUAACGACGUACAAGAGCACCAAAUGAAACGAAACAAACAAACAAACAAAAAAAAACAGGAGCACUGAUCUUGUUUCUAGUUCCUCACAACCACUGUGUUGUGUUGUGUUGUCCAAAAAACACACUUCUACCGUGCACCAACGAAAAGCCCUAUUUUGUCGACUUUAAUACUCGCUAAGGACAUGGGUGUCCCGCGAGGAUGUAAAUACAAUGAAUAUGAACGAGAAUGAUGAUGCUCAGCAUCUGAACAAAUUUGCACAGCAUGGAAAUCAAGAAAAUACGUGUACAUAAUGUUGAUAUGAUAUACACUCACAAGACGUUGUAACAUUAAAGUACGCCAGCACCAAAAAGAAGAAUUCAAUAUAACUCACUUGAACAAAAUGUUCAAUAUUCUGGAUCAUAUUUUCUGAUAUUUUGGUUGCUUGAUUUGGGAACAUAAAGGGCAAAAUAUUAGAAACAACAUCUCUCAAAAUAUGGCACCACUUUGAGACAACCACUAGCAAAGGAACACACAGGAAUGUGGUGCGUGCUACAGUUUGAUAUAUUCUUGCUUAAAUAUUGUAUAUUUUUUUAUCCAGUGACGAAUAUAAUCUUUGCAUAUGGAGCUGUGCAAUUUUCUAAUAUUGUACAUAGUAUUUGUAGUAAGUAUUAAGUGUUUGUGCAUGCCUAAAUAAAACCCAGCAUUGACGCUCA